AUGAAGGUCUCUUCCGUUCUUCUGGUAACUUGUCUACUGGGACUCUGCCAUUGCAGGAGGUCCAGAGUUCUCACUGAUAGACCAGUUAUUGAGGUUCUAGACGACUAUGCAGAAGAUGAAAUAGUGACCAGUGAUUUUGUAGAGGAGACAAGGAAGAAUAGAUCGAGUGGCCAAAGGCUGGUAUGGGAUCUUGCUAAUGGAGCUGUCUAUGAAGCAGAGUAUACACAGCCAUCAGCUCGUAGACAUACUAAUGAUAGAAGGGUAGCAGAUGUAGCAGUGGAUAAAUCUCCAGUUACUCAAUCAUCUAGACACACUACUAUUCUUGAUAUUGCCAAUCCUAAUAGAUUACUAUACAAAUCCUUCAACUAUUACUUUGGUACAAACGCAGUUCAACUCAUUGUUCCUAAUAAAGGCAUUUCUGUAUCAAAGCUCAUGUAUGAAAAUGGGACUGUCUGGACUCCAUCUACUGGAGAAACAUUUGACCAUACUAAAGUCUAUCUUAACAAGGAUAAGAAGCCUGAACUGGUCCUUGUAGUAACCACUUCCUCUGGCGCUUCUAAGGAGUACUAUCUUGAACUCAAGGAUAGUAAAUGGAAAUCUUGCACUAAUCAUGAAGAAAAGAUGAGGAGCUUGAGGGAUCCUGCAGAAUGGAUCUCAAACUUUGAACUUGACCUUGCAUUAGCCAAUAGUACUAAUGAAUGUAGCAUCUUUGAAACGGAGUUACUAGGAGUUACAACUAAGCAUUUUUUUCCUAAACCAGGGUACCUUGCCAAAGGAGUAAAGGAUGUGAGUGGCCUUUUAUGGAGUUCUUCAAAACCUAUUUAUACAGAAGGAACCAUCGGAAGGCAUAGUGGAUACUAUAACGACUAUUGCCUUUCUUGUAUCAUUCAUAAACAUGGGAGUGUAGAACUACUGGAGAUGGUUGUAGUGGAAACAUUAUCAGAAAGAAGCAAGUAUUUUGAGAAGGUUGAUGGAAAAUGGAAAGAGAUUACCGGGAAGGAUUUUAAUGGCAAGCUCGAUGAAAUGAGGAAUGGAGAAACUACUCAUAAACCCAGUGAAUCACAGUAG